CUGUCUACUCAAGGAGAUGCCAGCCAGGUCAUUGGACCGCUCACAGAGGGACAGAGGAGGAACGUGGCUGUAGUUAAUUCUCUAUACAAACUGCACCAGUCGGUUCUGAAGGUCAUUACCAAUCAGAGCUCAUUUCCAGCAGCCGCUGAGCAAACAGUGACAACUGCCUUAAAGGCAGUCCAUGAUCUAAUGGGUAGUGCUGUUCAACCGUUACUGAACUCUGUAGGAGAUUCAGUAGAAGCUAUUAUCAUCACUAUGCACCAGGAGGAUUUUUCUGGAUCGUUAUCCAGUUCAGGAAAACCAGAGGUCCCUUGUUCUCUGUACAUGAAAGAAUUACAGGGUUUUAUAGCAAGAGUCAUGAGCGACUACUUCAGACAUUUUGAAUGUUUUGACUUCGUCUUUGAUAACACUGAAGCCAUGGCUCAAAGAGCAAUUGAACUUUUCAUUCGCAAUGCCAGUCUAAUAAGGCCCCUUGGUGAAGGUGGGAAGAUGCGGCUUGCGGCAGAUUUUGCACAGAUGGAGUUAGCAGUAGCACCACUGUGUCGGCGAGUCUCUGACCUAGGAAAAUCUUACAGACAGCUGAGGUCAUUCAGACCACUGCUGUUCCAGACUAGUGAGCAUAUUGCCAGUAGCCCAGCUCUGGGAGAGGUUAUUCCAUUCAGCAUUAUUCUUCAGUUCUUGUUUACAAGAGCACCAUCAGAGUUAAAAUCACCCUUCCAGAGGGCUGAGUGGUCCAUUGCCCGCUACUCCCAGUGGCUUGAUGAUCAUCCAUCUGAAAAAGACAGGCUUGCUCUCAUACG